AUGCCACCAAAAGGAAAGGACAAAGGGGCGGGCGGCUCGAAAGUCGCCGUCGACAAGACGUUCGGUAUGAAGAACAAAAAGGGCGGAAAGGGGCAAAAGCAGGUAGCGCUCAUCCAUUCACAGCAAAAGGUGGCGGGCAAGUCGAAAGAGCAACUAGCCAAGGAGAAGAAGAAGGAAGACGAAAAGAAGGCCGCCGCGGCCGCCGCAAAGGAGCGAGCGGCGGACCCGUUAUUCAGCAUCAUCCAACCCAAGGUGCCGUUUGGCGUCGACCCGAAGACGGUCACCUGUGCCUUCUGGAAAGCGGGGCGAUGUGACAAGGGCACCAAGUGCAAGUACGGGCACAGCAACGACGCGGGGCGCAAGACCGAGAAGAAGGACCUGUACGUCGACAUGCGCGACGAAAACGAAGACAAGAAGCUCGACACGAUGGACAAGUGGGACGACGCCAAGCUGGAAUCCGUCAUCCUGUCCAAGCACGGCAACCCCAAGUCGACCACGGACAAGGUGUGCAAGUUCUUCCUGCAGGCCGUCGAGGACGGCAAGUACGGCUGGUUCUGGGAAUGCCCCAACGGCGGCGAAAAGUGCAUGUACCGCCACCGCCUCCCGCCAGGGUUCGUGCUCAAGUCGCAGAAGAAGGAACUCGAGGCGCUCGAAAAGGCAAACGAGAUCAGCCUCGAAGACUUCCUCGAAACCGAGCGCCACAAGCUCGGCACCAACCUCACCCCCGUCACCGCCGAGACAUUCGCAGCAUGGAAGAAGCAGCGCAUGGACAAGAAGCAGGCCGAGAACGAGAUGCUCCAGAAGAAGAAGGAGGCGCAGGCCGCCGCCAACAAGAUGGCCGGCUUGAGCGGCAGGGAGAUGUUCUCGUUGAAUCCAGACAUGUUUGUCGACGACGACGACGACGGCGACGACGACGGCGAGUUCGAUCUGGUGCAGUACAUGAACAAGGACUGGGAGCAGGGGAGGCAGGACGACGACGAGCGCAGGGGCGUCAGCGAGGACGAGGACGAGGCGGUGGCGGUGGCCAACGGCGUGGGCAACUUGUCGGUCUGA